AUGGCAAAGGCUGCUCGUCUCAUCUCAGUCCUCUGCAUCCUGACCUUUGCCGCCAUUGCCCAAUGCCACAAACACGAAGAAUUCACAGUCGAGGGAGAUGUUUACUGCUUUGCUGAUCACCCCUUGGGUCUGCGUUCUGGAGCAGCCGACGUAUCCGUGCUAGAGCUCCGCUUCGCUACCUUCCUAUGCAGGUCGGUUUUGUCUGUUGAAGUAAGUUACGGGUUUUCAUUGUAUCUUGCCCCCGCGACAGCCUUACGGUCCCCUCAUCCGUGUAUCCAGAUUAAAAAAGACCAGCCCGGGGCCGCCGUGAAGCUGGAGUGCGUGAACUUGGACACAAAAGCAGUCACAUACAGCGUGGAGGGUGUGACAGAUGGCAACGGGAAGUACCGCCUCAAGGUGAGUGGGGAUCACGAGAAUGACUCGUGCUACGUAACGGCCCUCAGAAGCCCGAAGCCCGAGUGCAGCGAGCCCUUGACUGACGUGCAACUUUCCCUAGUUGUGCUGACUGAGAACAUCGGAAUCCACUCGGACGUCCGGUUCGCUAACCCGAUCGGGUUUAUGACAAAGGACCCGCACCCUCAGUGCAUUUCUAUUCUCCAGGAUAUUUUCUCCGACCAGUAA